GAGUUUCUUUUUUUUUUAUUUGAAAAGAGUUAGAAAUCGCUAUCAACAUUUUUCCAGUGCUUCACAGAAAGUUUUAGGGGAAAGAUGAAGUUCGUUGCUAUGGUUUUCGUAGUUGGUGCUAUUGCCAUUAUAUUUGCAGACUGCAACUCCGAAGCAGGGGACAUUCUUUAUGGAUGGAAAACGUACCUGAUAGACCCCAACAAUGUGCUUCAAAGCUGGGAUCCAACUUUAGACAAUCCUUGCACAUGGUUUCAUGUCACCUGCAACGGCCAAAAUAUUGUUGUAAGAGUGGACCUAGGUGCUGCUAACCUCUCUGGGACUCUGGUACCUCAAUUGGCAAUGCUAAGUAACCUUCAAUACUUGCAAGUUCAAAAUAAUUCAAUUGGUGGAGAAAUCCCAAGCCAAUUGGGGAACUUGACAAAACUAGUGAGCUUGGGUCUGGGAAAUAAUCAGCUGAAUGGUCCUAUUCCAUCCUCUCUUGGCAAUUUAAAAUCUCUACGAUGGAUGAGAUUAAACAGCAAUAAAUUAUCAGGAAAAAUUCCAAUCUCAGUCUUAAAGCUCAUCUACUGGGGAAAUUUACAGCUACUGAAUGUGUCCGAUAAUCAAUUGGCAGGGACUUUGCGCCAGGCUAAUCAAACAGGAUUUGCUACUACAAUAGUAAUUCAAGACAUGAAGGCUUAAAGAGGUCACUAUAUAUUGAAGUUUUGGUAUAUGUUCAAGUCAAGUAUAUAUUUCUUUUAUGAAGUCAAGAUUUGUUGAUGAACAAUGUGAUGACCAUUUUGAGAAAAAAAAAAAUAUUUUGUAAUAAGUAUAUAGUACUUGUAUUGAAAUUCAAGAACACACUAGCAUUUUUAUGGU